GGUGGAAACUUUAGAGAGACAAACAAUGGUGUCAAAUUCAUGUUACAGUUCCAGAUCUCCGACUAUAAAUACCAGUUCUUUUAUUCAUUCGCCAUCAUCAGCACAUUCACUUGUUGCAUCAAUUGCUUCUCUUAACAUUUCAAAUUCAAGAUUAAAUUUUUUUACCAAGAAACUUUCUUCUGCUGAUCUUGGAAUUUGCAGAUAUUCCCGGAAGCCUACAUUUCCGAUUCUCUCUUUUAAGAAAACCGAGUUGACACGGAAGAAGAAACUUUACAAAGGAGAAGUUGAAGAGAUGACGAUUAAACCGGCGGUUAGGAUCGCCGAGAGGAAAGUAAUUGUAAAGGAUCGUACGAUUCUUACCGGAGUACCGGACAAUGUAAUCGCGACAUCAGGUUCAUCGUCCGGUCCGGUCCAGGGAGUGUUUCUGGGCGCGGCUUUCGAUGCAGAAAAAAGCAGGCACGUGAUCUCUCUAGGAACUCUGCGAGACGUCCGGUUCAUGGCGUGCUUUAGGUUCAAAUUAUGGUGGAUGGCUCAGAAAAUGGGUGACCAAGGCAAAGAUAUUCCACUCGAGACUCAGUUUUUAUUGGUCGAAACGAAGGACGGUUCCCACCUCGAAUCUGUCGACGGAAACGAAGACAAUCAGAUUGUCUACACCGUCUUCCUCCCUCUGAUCGAAGGCUCCUUCCGCGCGUGUUUACAAGGAAACGAAAACGACGAACUUGAGUUGUGUUUAGAAAGCGGUGACGCUGACACCAAAGCGUCGUCGUUUACUCACUCUUUGUUUCUCCACGCUGGCACCGAUCCUUUCGUCACAAUCACCGAAGCAAUCCGGGCCGUUAAAUUACAUCUCAAAACUUUCCGUCUCCGGCACGAAAAGAAAUUGCCAGGUAUCGUCGACUAUUUCGGUUGGUGCACGUGGGACGCAUUUUACCAAGAGGUAACGCAAGAAGGCGUAGAGGCUGGGCUGGAGAGUCUCGCCGCCGGUGGAACCCCGCCGAAGUUCGUGAUCAUCGACGACGGUUGGCAAUCGGUGGGUGGAGAUUACAGCUCCAGUUCCGGCGAAAACGAGAAGAAACAACAGCCGUUGCUUAGGUUGACUGGAAUUAAAGAAAAUGAAAAAUUCCAAAACAAGGAAGAUCCAAAGGUGGGGAUUAAAAAUAUCGUGAACAUUGUGAAACAAAAGCACGGGUUGAAAUACGUGUACGUGUGGCAUGCGAUCACGGGGUAUUGGGGUGGAGUCCUUCCCGGAGUCAAGGAGAUGGAGGAAUACGAGUCGUUGAUGAAGUACCCAAUGGUGUCAAAAGGAGUGGUGGAGAAUGAGCCCUCAUGGAAGAGUGAUGCAUUGGCGAUACAGGGAUUGGGUUUGGUGAAUCCAAAGAAUGUGUACAAGUUUUACAACGAGCUGCAUAGUUAUCUGGCGUCUGCGGGUAUAGACGGAGUUAAGGUGGAUUCGCAGUGUAUAUUGGAGACGCUGGGAACGGGAUUGGGUGGCAGGGUUGAGUUAACGAGACAGUAUCAUCAAGCGCUGGAUGCGUCUGUAGCGAGGAACUUCCCGGAUAAUGGGUGCAUUGCGUGCAUGAGCCACAAUACUGAUGCGCUUUACUGCUCGAAACAGACGGCGUUGGUGAGAGCAUCAGAUGAUUUCUACCCGCGUGAUCCAACGUCACACACAAUUCAUAUAGCGGCAGUGGCAUACAAUAGUGUAUUUCUGGCAGAAAUUAUGCAGCCGGAUUGGGACAUGUUCCAUUCGCUUCAUCCGGCCGCGGAAUACCAUGGUUCAGCUCGUGCUAUAAGCGGUGGCCCCAUCUACGUCAGUGAUGCACCUGGGAAACACAACUUUGAGCUACUGAAGAAACUCGUGCUGCCUGAUGGGUCCAUUCUUCGAUCCCGCUUGCCUGGCCGCCCCACUUGUGACUGCUUGUUCUCUGAUCCUUCCCGUGACGGUGUUAGCUUGUUGAAGAUUUGGAACAUGAACAAGUACACAGGAGUAUUAGGGGUGUACAAUUGCCAAGGUGCUGCAUGGAACACAACUGCAAGAAAGAACACAUUUCACCAAACCAAAAGCGAGGCCUUAACCGGACAAAUAAGGGGCCGCGAUGUCCACCUCAUUGCAGAAGCUGCCACGGACCCUAACUGGACCGGUGACUGCGCCAUCUAUUCUCACCGAACUGGGGAACUCGUCACACUCCCUUACAAUGCAGCAUUGCCAGUGUCCCUCAAAGUCCUUGAACAUGAUAUCUUCAUUGUCACACCCAUCAAGGUCUUGGCACCCGGAUUCAGUUUUGCACCAUUGGGGCUUAUCAACAUGUACAACUCUGGUGGUGCUAUUGAGGGGCUGAGCUACGAACUAAAAGGCGGUGUUAAGCUAUUGGAGGUUGAAGAUGGAGGUGAAGGGGAUGGUGUAAGAGUGGAGAAUAAUAGCAAUGAGUUGGUGGCAAAAGUUUGUAUGAAAGUUAAAGGCUGUGGCAGGUUUGGUGCUUAUUCCUCAGCAAAGCCUAGAAGGUGCAUUGUGGAUUCAAAUGAGGUUGAAUUUCAGUAUGAUUCAUCAUCUGGGUUGGUGACAUUUAGCUUGGAUAAAUUGCCUGAGGAGGAUAAGAAAGUUCAUUCUGUGGAUGUUGAGUUAUAAAUAUGUUUUAAGCAUAGAGAUUAGGAAGUAAGGUUCAAUAUAGAUAUAAGAAUGUGGGGUUUGCUAUGGAAGUCAUUUACCAUUUUUCCCCUAAAAAUAUAUUGUUAGAUUUAUGUAACGAGUGAGAGGAAGAAAUAGAUCUCUUUUCUUGUCUAGAACCUUUUUGUAUGCCAAAUAUUAUUGUGCUUGCUUUGACUCAUGUUCAAAGGUUCAAGAGUUGUAUCUGAAUUCAUAAUUUGAUUGCUGUAAUGCUUACUACUGUUUGUUAUAA